AUAAAAUAAAACUGAAACAUUAUAAAAGUAUUCUUUCCUUCGUAAUUUACUAAUAAUUUCCCAGGAAAAAAAAAGUAUCUUUUUUAAGAAAGUUUGUGCGGCAACAAUGGCGGCAACUACAGUUGAAGAACCCAUGCUUUCUAGGCUUGAUCGUCUUGAUAUCAUUGUGAGGCAUUUGGAAGAACUGAAAGUGGGGAACAAUAAUAGAACACCAAAAAGCUCGUCAUGUCCAUCGACACCAUCGAGUAAAAGCGAGGGUCAGGCAUCGUCGUUUGAUUUUUCGCCUCGGAGCUUAGAGAAGCACUGCCGUCCGAUCGACGAUGUGGUAGCCGAGACGGAGACCAAAGGAACGCUAAUUGAGAGGCUUCUUCAUGUGGAACACCGUGUAGCCAAGUUGUGUGUGCAGUUGGAAGAGGAGAUGGAAGCACAGAGGAGGAGAGUUGAGGAAGAAGAAGAAGAAGAAAAGAAGAGAGUAAGCAAGAAGAAGAAUAGGGGUUUGAAGCAGUUGGUCAAAUCUUGUGUUACAGGCAACACAUCGAUCUGAAGAUCAUAAUCGGAUUCUGUUUUCAACCCAUUUUUUGACGUGGGUUUUGGCUUUUGUUUCACAUGUACAUAUAUCUUUUGGUUAUGUUUUACUGUUGUGUUUGUAUUAACAAGUUAAACACUAAUUAUAGUGUGGUAAUCCUUCAAAUAGGCUGCUAAGAUCUUUGUAUGUCACUCUCUUCUAAUGUUAAGGGGCAUUAUAAGGUGA